AUGCGACGCAAGCCACGCCCGAUAUUUUAUUCAUCUGGUGGAAAUUUUAUUUUUAUGUUUACAGUUAUAGGUUUCUUUGUAGACGAGCUCCGGUCCCACAAGGAGAAGCAUGAUUUUUUUGUGGCCCAUGCCGUGAGUGCUGCCGGAAUUUGGGUGGUGUUGAUGUCGCUAGCGGGAUGGGCGUGCGCGCAGAUUCCCGCUCCUGCCGCACUCGAGCGAUUGUGGGGCCAGGACCCGGCGCCGACUCGUCCCGUCUGCCCCCAUGCCGGCAGCCGUGCACAGUGUGGGCAGAGCGGCGCGACACCUACCGUGUUGACGAAGUCGCCCGGGGGCCGGCGGGGCAGUGGCGAAACGCGGAGAGAACCACCCCGCUGCCGCGAAAAAGAGAGCCUCUCACUUUUGGCGAGCAAGGUUCACCGGGCGCGCCGCCGGCCGACUGCGGCAGGCUCCGCCCCCACCCGCGGGGAUGGAAGCCUGCGCGCGCCGCAUAUGCCAGGCGCGGGCAUUGUAGCCGCGCGCCCGCGGCCCCUUGGUGUUUUCGGCCCGGCUUGCCCCUGUCGCGUUGCCGCCCCGGCCUUCUAAUAAAUGGGGGCCCGGCCCGGAGAAGUUCCCAAAUGAAUUCGGUGGGGUCCCUGUGCUACGAUUUUGCUGUGCUUCGUUGGUGUCCUAGCCCGGCAGCUUGUCGUGCGCGCGCGCGCGGCUGGCUCUAUUCCGUCUGCCGGGUGUCGGCGCGCAGCGCUUUAUGUGGAGCCGGGUCCACUCACAUCGCAGAAGAUGUUGGAGUCGCUCAUGCGGCCACCAGCCUCGAAUUGUCCACCGAGUGAGAUGCCAAUAGUUCUUGUCAGUACUCGGGAUGGUGAUGCCCCGAUUUGGGGAAAAACCCCGUCUCUUCUUCUUGUUGCAGGUCCAAGGAGCGAAGGAACAAGGCGGCAGUAC